AUGUUUCCUACCGCGCAGCCGUCUUCUCCGACGACCAACACUCCCAAACAAACCCCAGGAUUGCGCCAGAAAACCCUGAGGUGGUUCUCGGAUCGAAAUCCAUCCUCGACCCCGAACCAGCAUCAGCAGAAUCAACAACGACCGCCGCCGCGACAGCAAGACCCGGCGCCAAUCCUUUCCCAACCCCAACAGCCCCAAUCUCCGCCAUCGAGAGUCAGGCAACGCCGUCCACUGCCCUCUAGUGCGAGCGCGACAGCAUCGCCCAACCCGCCCAAGACCGAAGACAGCAUCAUCGCGACGCCGCCGAAACCGAAGUCUUUCAUCACAGCAUUGAGGGCGCCUCAGUCGGAACCAAGACCCCCUCGACCUGGGUCAUCUACAACCUCUGAGACCCUGAACAAGGGGAGGAGCAUAACUGUCGUACCAUCGCAGGUCCCAAAGACCAGACACUCAAUGGCGACUGCCACCGCGAUGGGGGCAUCCAUUGUAUCGCGGCCGUCACUUCCCACAAAGAAGAAGGUGGAUAUAGUUGACCAAGGUAAACCGCUCAUUUUCGACCCCGUCGCGGACGAAUAUGAUGUAGGCGACGACGACGACAAGAACAACUUUGACGAGGAAGCGUCCCCCGAAGAUGAGAUCCAGGCGCAGCUCUCCAUCAGCGACGCCGAGGAGGAGUACCACGAAGAAGGCGAGAACCGCGACGAGGAUGAAACCGAGAGCGAAGAUGGGGAGAUUGAGGCUGAGAUCGAUGUCGAAGGUGACGGGUAUGAGGAUGAGGACGAGGACGAGCAGAUGGAAUCCGAUGGUGAAGGACAGGAACGACCCUCGAGCCCCGUCUCUGGAAACGGCGAGCCUUCGGUCUGGUCCCCUCCCUUCAGCCCCCAGGUUCAGGUGAAGACACAACCUCUCCCGCGAUCCGCGACGCGUCGCGCGCGCUCCUCGUCCCUCCAGAACCCGCCCAGCUCGGCCGUCCGGCGCACUUUCCGGCACUCGAGCCCCAUUCUAGACGUUGACGAGGAAGCCGAGGAGGCGACCCAAGGGAAGGGAGAGUCAUCCGUCGUCAAGACGAACGGCACAAAACUCUCCAUCAUCACCUCCACUACCACGGCGACAGCCGGCGCGAGCCAAAAGGGAAACGCUGAUCAAGAUGCCGGCCCCCGCCGCUUCAACAUUGACACCAUCCUCGACCACCGCCCGUCUCCAGACGACCCCAACCUCUUCGAGCUCCUCGUCCGCUGGGACCUCCCCGAGGGCGAAAAUGAUGAGGACACCGAGACCUGGGAGCCCGAGGAUGUCAUCCACCGCGACGCGCCCCGCGCUCUCUUCGCCUACUGGCGCCGCGUUGAGGGCGGUCGAGAGGGACAGAUGGAGGACUCGGAUCUGUGGUAUAUUUCCCACGUGAAGCAGCACCGCGUGUCGAGCAGCACCAAUAAGGUCGAUCUGCAAGUUUCGUGGGUUGGUUCGCCCCAGGCCACUUGGGAGCCAGAGGCUAAUGUUAUCGAGUCGGCUCCUGAUGCCGUGGCUGAGUAUUGGGAGAAGAAGGGCGGUCGCGAUAAGGUUAUUGCCGCGAAGUCGAAUUCGAAGAAGAGGGGCCCCGGUGGCCGGCGAGGUGGACGUGGAGGCGGUGCCCAGAAGCGAGCGAGGAGGAGUUGA